UAUAUAUUAUUCCAUUCUUCCCUCGAUCUCCAACCUCUCUUUCAUCUUCUUCAAAUCAAACUCACUAAUUCCCUCAAAUUCAUUCAUAUUCAAAUCUCAAUUUCCCUUUUCUCUCUGUUUGUAUUCUUCAUCAAUCAUCAUGAAGCAAUUGAUUCGCCGACUUUCUCGCGUUGCCGAUUCCUCUCAGUACUGUCUUCUCCGUUCCGGCUCUCCCUCCGCCGCCGCCACCAAGCUCCGCCGAUCCUGUAUUCUCCGUUCCUCCACCGUGCCGCAAGGCCACGUUCCCGUUUACGUUGGCAAAGAGAUGGAACGGUUCGUCGUGAGCGCUCAACUCCUAAACCACCCUGUUUUCGUCGAGCUCCUCGAUAAAUCCGCCCAAGAGUACGGUUACGAACAGAAAGGCGUUCUACAUAUUCCCUGUCAUGUUCUUCUCUUUGAGCGCGUUCUCGAGGCUCUCUGUGUCGGUGAUUACGAUUCUCGCCGUCUUCAAGAGCUUCUUUCAAAUCUCUCUAUCGAGUCAUAAACGCCCGAGACGGACGGACCUUUUUCCUCUCUUGUAUUUUUUUUAGAGAGAUUGUUCUUCAUUUUUCUGUAUAUACUUUUCUGAUUUUUGUUUCCCAUAGAUGACUAGUAUAUCAAAGAGAGUGAUUCAGGACAACAAUUCUUAGCUUCUUUUUCCCGUUCCGAUGUAAGUCCACAAGGAUAUUACUACAUUCUCCUGUUACGGACACAGCUUCUUCACCCGAAUUUCGUGACCAAUCAGUGAACUUUGUUUUUUGUAUUUCUUACAUCGCCCUUCUCUUCUUAAUCCUAAUGCUGUUGAACUGGACUGGGGAUCUUGACCAUUUUUCAGCCCUAAACUCCAGGAUUUCGGGUGGAUGUUGUAGUUUGGUGGUGAUCAAGACUAACAAAGAGGAUACCUAAAUUGCAAUUC